AAAAUUUAACAAAAUUAAAUAAUAGUACAUUAUAUAAUAAUGAUGAAUAUAUAAAAUCAUUAAAAAAAUCAUUAGAAAGACAUAAUUCAAUGUUAUUUUUAUUACAUUUACAAAAUCCAAAUAAUCAAAAUAAAUAUAAUAUUAAUGAUAUAAAUCAAUUUAGUCAAAAUGAUGAUGAUAUAUUAAGUAAUGAAUCACAUAGCCCACCGCCACCAGCACCAAAUGGUGAUAUUUCAAAUUUUUUAUUAAAUACAACUGUACAAUUAACAACAACAACAAUACCAACUGGAUCAUCAAAUAAUAUAAUAAUAUCAAAAUCAAAUAUAUUAAAUAAUGUUAAUAUUAUUAAUAAUGAAAAACAUAACUUAUUAAAUAAUAUCAUUAUUGAUAAUGAUACAACAGACCAUAUUAUUAUUGAUAAUAAUAUUAAUGAUAAUAUAACAACAGCACCCGCAAAUAAUAUAUUAUAUGAUAGUAAUAAUUUGUCAAAAAUAUCAACAAUGAAUCCAUUUCAUUAUGAUAUUAUGAUUAUGAAUGAAAAAUUAAUAAAUAAUAAAAAACAGCAACAAAAUAGUAAAUUACAAUCUUCUUGUACAACAUCAACAACAACAGCAACAUCAUCAUCAUUAUUACAAAAUAAUUGUAAUAUUGGUAUAACAAAUUUAUUAAUUGAUGGUUCUCCUAAAAAAACAAAAUCCGAUUCUGGUUUAUCAUCGAUGUCGGGUUUUUCAAGUUUAGAAAAAUCACCAAAUUCACCAAAUAAACAAUCAUACAAUAUUAAUAACAUUAAUGAAAUAGCUUCACAAUCACAAUCAUCUUUAUUAUUUCAACAACAACAACAACAACAACAAUAUAAAUUAUAUUCUGAUAAUAUUAAUUUAAUAAAUGAUGAUAAUAUUAAUGAAAAUACAAUAUCAAUUGAUAUUAGUAAUCCCUUUUAUCAACAAUUACAACAAGAACAACAAAAUGAUAAUGAUUUAAUAAAAUUAAAGAUAUCAAAAACUACUACUUCAAUGGCAUCAUCGUCAACAACAACAUUGUCAUCAUCUUCAUUAAUAUUGAAUAAUUUUAUUUCAACAAUAUCAUUAAAUAAUUUAAAUGAUAAUUUAACAACAGGACAAUUAUUAAAUUUAAAUAAUUCUAUUAAUGAUAUGAGCAUUUUUAAUCAACAACAAAAAUUACAAAAUCAAUCGCAACAACAAUUACAACAGUCACAGCAGCAACAACAACAACAUCAACAAAAUAAUCGUUUAAAUGAACAAGAAUAUGUAUUUACUGAAGAAAACUUAAAUUAUAUUAAAGAAUUGUCAAGAAAUGUCCCAAUAUGUUCAGUAUAUGAGAAUAAAUCAAUAUUUGAUAUUGAAAAAGAAAAACUAAUGCAACAACAACAACAACAACAAAUUGAAAAUAUUAAUUAUCCAGAUUUAAUAUGCAAUAAUCGUUUAACUGAUGCAACAGCAUUAUCAGAUUCAAUAAUAUCAACAACAACAGCAACAUCAAAUGAAUUACCAUCAAUAAUAACAACAACAGCUAUAUUAUCAAUAACUCCAACAUCAAUUAAUCAACAACAAGACAAUUUAAACUCUGUAACAUUUGAAUUAUUAAAGAAAUCACCAACACCAUGUAAUAAAUCAAUAUCCAGUCAAAAUUCAUAUAAUUACCAACAACAACAAGAGCAACAACAACAACGAAAUCAACAACAAUUAAACGCUCGUACAAAUAAUAAUUACAAUAAACGUAAAUUACAACAGCAACAGUUAAAACAAUAUGAUUCAAGUAAUUUGAAUACAACAGCAGAUCGGAUAAAUGAUACUGGUUAUGAAGAAACUGAUAUUGAUGAUAUUGAAUUAUUAUCACAAAAACAUCGUAAUUUGACUGAUCGUCUAGUUUACUAUCCAUCAUCAAGUAGUUUACAAGAUUAUAAUAGUUCAAAAAAUUUAGAUUAUAUGGGUGAAAAUAAGUAUUAUAAUUUAAAAGAACAACAACAACAACAAUAUCAAUAUCAACAACAGUUAAAUAAAUUUUAUAAUAAAAAUAUAAUUGAUAGCCGUCAUAUUAAUAAUCUAUAUAGUGUUGUUAAUAAAAAUCAAUAUCAUAAUGAACAAACUGACAAUUUAAAUUAUCAACAGAAAUUACAAUAUUUACAACAACAACAACAACAUCAAUUACAUUAUCAAUCUACAUUACCAAUUGAUUUACGUUAUAAUAAACAGCAUCAAUUACAAUACCAACAUCAACAACAGCAACAGCAACAACAACAUCAUCAUCAACAAUUGCAAUAUGGUUCAAAACCAAUCACACCGGGUAUGACUGCAUAUCAACAACAUCAAAUGUUUCUACAACAACAAAAACAACAACAAUUAUUACAACAGCAGCAACAACAAUUACAACAACAGCAACAGCAAAUGUAUCAAAUGCAACAUAGUAAUUUAAAUAAAGAAAAUCUUUCAAUACAUCAUCAACAACAACAACAGCAGCAACAGCAACAUAAAUAUCUGCAUAAAAUACAAAACUGGUUACCAGAUAUCAAAUUAAAACGUAUAACAAGGCGUCAUCGUUCACAAUCAUUACCAUCUGGAGUUGAAAUUGAUUGUGAUGAUUAUGAAUAUAAAGAACAAUUAAUGCAACAACAAAAGCAAAAACAACAACAGCAACAAAAAGGUACAUCAAAAUUAUUUCAUAAUAAAAAACAUAAUUAUCGUUUUAAUGAUAUUACGGAACGUUUUACAAAAAUACCUGGUAUUAAAAAUCGUAAUAAUACUUAUACAAGUGGUCAACAACAACAGCAGUACCAAUCACAAAAAUUACAACAACAACAACAACAAACAUCAUCAUCAACGAAUUUAACAACUGGAGCUAAAAAGAAAAAGAGAUCUCUAUCAACAACAGUCAAUACAUUUAUACAAAAAGCCAAAAUUUAUCGACGUCAUAGUUUUACAUCACGUGGCAAUCAUAUGAUUGGUGAUCAACAUAGUAUGUCUGAACCAGAAUCUGAUAUACAUAAUUUUAUAAUAUCAUCUGAGGAUAAUGAUGAUAGUGCUAGUGAAUAUGAAAAAUCAAUAAAAUCAGAUGGUGUACAUUUAAAUUUUACAAAAAUGAAAUACCAUCAUCAACAAAAUCAAAAAAAUUUACAAAAAUCAUCAUUAAAUCGAAAUCAAAUGAAUAGACAAUCAUUUAAUGAUGAUGAUGAUGAUGAUAAUUUAAUAUUACAUUUUGAUAAAAUUGAUAAAUUAUCAUUAAUUAAAUCAGAUGAUAUUGAUUCUGGUUUACAAACAACCGAUCCUGAUUGUACUGAUAACGCAUUCAUUGAUGAUGUAAAAUUAUCAGCAGUUACACAAUAUAGUUUUAAUAAAAUGAAGCAAAAUAAUAUCAAUGAGGAACAACAACAACAACAACAACAAAAAUAUAAACUACAAUCUUAUCAACAACAAAAUAUUAUUGAUGAUGUAAGUGGUGAAGAAUGUAUUGAUAAAUAUGUUGAAGAUUAUAGCAAAAAUGUUUUAAGACGUAAAUCAUCAUCUGGUGAUUCACAAAGUCAAUGUACAAGUGGUAUUGUAUCUGAUUCACAUGUUAGACGUAAAUCAAGUGAUCGUAGUUCAAUACAAAAAGAUUCAUCAUUUGAAAAUAUUAAUGAUUUUAAUAAUAUUGCUGCAACAACUACAACAACGACAACAAUAGCUGCAGCAACAAAUGAAAAUGAUGAAGAUAUAUUUUUAAAUCCAAUGUUUCCAACAGUUGGUGAUGCAAUACGUCAUCAUUAUGAUGAACAAAAUAAUAUUGAUAACACUCAACUACAGCAACAACAUCAACAUCAAAAAGAUAAUCAAUUAUGUCCAGAUAUUAAAUUAAAUGAUUCAUAUGAUAACGAUGAUAAUUUAAUUUCUACAACAAUUUCAACAACUUCAACAAAAACAGCAGUUAAUGGAAAACAAUUAUAUCAACAUCAUCAUCAAAUUGGACAUUUUUUACAAAAAUCAAAUUCUAUUUAUGUUGAAGAUGAUAAUAUUGUUGAUAAUAUAAUAACAUCAGAUGAUGAUAUUAUAUUAAAAACAGCAACAUCAAUAGCAACAUCAACAACGUCAACAGCAUCAACUAAAGCAUCAAUUACAAAUGCAACAUAUUAUGAUGAUAAUAAUCAAUUAAUAGCAAUAAAUAAUACAGUACCAAUAACACCAAUAUUACAAUCAAAUAGUCCAAGACAAUUUAAAUUUGGUGGUCAAAGAAAUCAAACAAGCUUAGAUAUACCAUCAUCAUAUCGUGAUGAUGAUGAUAAUCGAAGUCAACAUUCAUACAGAACCGUAUCAUCAUCAAGACGUCAAAGUACUGAAGAUUCAAUUGAUACUGAUGAUGAAUAUUUUUGUUAUGAAUUAAGAAAAUUAGAAGAACUUGAAAGACGUAGCCAUAUGGAAUCAUCAAUAUUUAAUCGUAGUAGUAGCAGUAGUGGUGUUGGGGUUAAUAAUAGUAAUAAUAUCAAUGAUAAUUUAAUAUCAACAAAUGAUAUUAAUAAUGGUGAAUCAUUAUUAUCAAAAAUUGAUCGUUUAACUGAUUAUUCAAUUGAUGAUAAUGAUGACACAUACAAAUUAGAUGAAAGUGUUAAAGAAAAAAUGUCAUUUGUAUUAAAAGAGUUAAAAGAUGUUGUUAAACCAGUACCGCAACAUCAGCAGCAGCAACAAAAUUUACAAUUUUUACAACAACAACAACAGCAGCAACAAUAUAAAGAUAAUAGAAAAAUGCAACAAUCUAAUCAAAAUUUAUUAUGGCAACAACAACAACAACAGCAACAACAAAUGUUACGUUCAACAUCAAGAAAUAAAAUUAAACAACAAAAUGUAUAUGAAAAAUUUUCAAAAGUUACAGAAAGUAAUUGGUUAAACUUAAAUAAUGUUGAAGAUAGUGCUGAUGAUGAAAUUAAAAUAUUGAAUGAAUUAAAUGUAUUAGAAAAUGAAUCAAAAACAGAUCAGUAUUAUCGUAAACAAAGGCAAAAAAAAUUAAAACGUCGUAAAACACGUAAAAGCUUUGAUGAUCAAUUACAUCAACAAAGUGAUAAUGAUACCAGUGAAUUAUCAGCAAAUGAUGAACAAGAGGAUCAAAGAUAUUCAACAUCACCAUAUUCAUCAGAAGAAGAAGAUGACAAAGAUACAAAAUCAAAUGAUAUUAAUAAUAAAAUUAUAAAAUCAACAACAAAUGCUACAGGAAUAAUGACAACAACAACAUUAACAACAACAUUAAAUAAUAAAUUACCAACAACAACAUCAACAAUAAAUAUUGAUAAUAAUAUAAUAUUAAAUGAUAACACUGAAGAUAAUAUAAAUUAUGAUAAUGAUGAUGAUGAUAAUAAUGAUAAUGAUAACAUUUACUAUGACGAUAAUGAAUGUAAUAAUAAAAAAUUAAAUAAAAAUUAUUUAAAACCAAAUAAUGAUGAUUAUGAUGAUAAAAGAUCUGUAUCAUCUGGUGCAACAUCUGGUCCAGAUACACCAGCUGAUUUAAGUGAUAUUGAUGAUUAUGAUGAUGAAAAUUACAAUGAAUUUAAAGAAAAUUCAAAUAAAAUACAACAAUUAGAUUAUGAUCCAAAAAACGUAUAUGGUAAUACAGCUGUUGUUAAAAAUAAUAAUUUUGCAUCAGCUGUACCUAAUAAUUAUGAUAAUAACACUGAUAAUAAUCAAUCACUAACAACAACAGCAACUGUAAUAACGACAAAAACAACAACAUCAACUACAAAUCAAGUACCAAUAAAAGAUAAUAAAAAUAUAUUUGAAAGAAAAGCUACUGAAUUCGUUGGUGGAAUAUUCGGUUCAGCCGCUGUAAAUUUUAUAACAUCUGCAAAUAAUCAACAACAACAAUCACAACAAGAGCAACAACAACAUCGGGUGCAAAACCAACAACAAUUACAUAAAAAUAUUGUUGAAGAUGAAGAAGAAAAUAAAAAUAUUAAAAAUAUUGACAACGAAUUUCAACAAUUACAAAAGUGUAACGAUAAUUUCGAAUUAGAUCAACAACAGCAAUUAGAAGAGGAAGCAGCAUAUCAAAAGUCACAAUUUGAACAAGAUCAAAAUCAAAAUGAACAGAAAGAUAAUAUAUUUGGAAAACAACAACAAGAAAAAUUUCAUGAAGAAAUUGGUGAAGAAGAACAAAAUCAACAACAAGAAGAUGAAGACAAAUUUUUACAAGAACAACAAAAAGAACAAGAUGAACAACAGCAACAACAAGUACCUUUUAAAAUGAAAGGAAAAUCAUUGAGUCAUGAAUCAAGUGUAGAUAGUACAGCAAAUGGAGCUUUAGGUAGCAGUAAAUGGAAAUUAUUAAAGACAUUAAAAGAGAGAAAAAUUGAGGAAAAAAAUAAUCAAGAGAAAAUUAAAGAAGAAGAAAAAGACAAGAAUAAUUCUGGAGCUGGCGAAGGUACUGGACGUGGUAAUGGUCAUCCGGGUGAUAAUCCAUUUUAUAGUAAUAUCGACAGUAUGCCUGAUAUUAGACCAAGAAGAAAAUCCAUACCAUUGGUAUCAGAAUUGACAAUGGCUGCAACAAAGCGUAAUGCUGGUCUAACAUCGGCAGUACCAAGAGCAACAUUGAACGAUGAAGAAUUGAAAAUGCACGUCUACAAAAAAGCGUUACAGGCAUUGAUAUAUCCGAUUUCAUCAACAACACCUCAUAAUUUUGUCCUGUGGACCGCAACUUCACCAACAUAUUGCUAUGAAUGUGAAGGUCUUUUGUGGGGUAUUGCAAGACAAGGGGUUCGUUGUACGGAAUGCGGUGUCAAAUGCCAUGAAAAAUGUAAAGAUCUAUUAAAUGCGGAUUGCUUACAAAGAGCUGCGGAGAAAAGUUCAAAACAUGGUGCCGAAGAUAAAGCAAAUUCAAUAAUAACAGCAAUGAAAGAGCGCAUGAAACAAAGAGAAAGAGAGAAGCCAGAAAUUUUCGAAUUAAUAAGAGCUGUGUUCGGUGUCGAAGACAAAAGUCAUACAGGUCAUAUGAAAGCAGUUAAACAAAGUGUUUUGGAUGGAACAAGCAAAUGGUCGGCUAAAAUUGCUAUAACAGUAAUAUGCGCUCAAGGAUUAAUUGCUAAAGAUAAAAGCGGCACCAGUGACCCUUAUGUUACAGUACAAGUUAGUAAAGUUAAGAAACGUACACGCACAAUGCCACAAGAACUGAAUCCAGUAUGGAACGAAAAAUUUCAUUUUGAAUGCCAUAAUUCAUCGGAUCGUAUUAAAGUUCGUGUCUGGGACGAAGAUAAUGAUUUGAAAUCAAAAUUAAGACAAAAACUGACACGUGAAUCAGAUGAUUUUUUGGGACAAACAAUCAUUGAAGUACGAACAUUAUCCGGUGAAAUGGAUGUUUGGUAUAAUUUAGAGAAACGUACUGAUAAAUCAGCUGUUUCUGGUGCAAUCCGUCUUCACAUAUCCGUCGAAAUAAAAGGCGAAGAAAAAGUAGCACCAUAUCACGUCCAGUAUACAUGCCUUCAUGAAAAUUUAUUUCAUUAUUUAUGUGAAGAAAAUAGUGGAAUGGUUAAAUUACCUCAGUCAAAGGGUGACGAUGCUUGGAAAAUUUAUUUUGAUGAAAUUCCGCAAGAAAUUGUCGAUGAAUUUGCAAUGCGUUAUGGCAUCGAAAAUAUUUACCAAGCUAUGACACAUUUUCAUUGCCUAUCAACAAAAUACCUCUGUCCAGGUGUACCAGCUGUUAUGAGUACACUAUUAGCAAAUAUAAAUGCAUAUUAUGCUCAUACAACAGCAUCAUCAGCGGUAUCAGCUAGUGAUAGAUUUGCAGCUAGUAAUUUUGGGUCGGAAAGUAAUACUACUACUACAAAUAGUACUGCAACCACCGAACAUAUAUCAUUCAAAAUGAUUGAAGAUCUUCCAAUUGUUGAAGAAAAUGAGAAUGAUUACAAUAUAAAAAUGAAAAAUUACUUUAAAGAGAAAUUCGUUAAAUUAUUGGAUCAAUUGCACAAUUCAUUACGUAUUGAUUUAUCAAUGUAUCGUAAUAAUUUCCCAGCAUCAAGUCAGGAAAAACUUAUGGACCUCAAGUCAACUGUAGAUUUAUUAACCAGUAUAACAUUCUUCCGCAUGAAAGUACAAGAAUUAUCAAGUCCACCAAGAGCCAGUACUGUUGUCAAAGAUUGCGUUAAGGCUUGCCUUAGAUCCACUUAUCAAUUCCUUUUCGAAAAUUGUUAUGAAUUGUAUAAUCGGGAAUUUCAGGUGGAUCCUAAUGAGGCCAAACGUGAUCCAGAUGAUCAUGGACCAAAAUUGGAUAGUGUUGACUUUUGGCAUAAGCUAAUAGCUCUAAUAGUGUCAGUUAUUGAAGAAGAUAGAAAUAGUUAUGGAGCUGUACUAAACCAAUUUCCACAAGAGCUAAAUAUUGGACAAUUGUCAGCUGCAACAAUGUGGGGUUUGUUCGCUGUUGAUAUGAAAUAUGCCUUAGAAGAACAUGAACAACACAGAUUAUGUAAAUCAUCCGCUUAUAUGAAUUUACAUUUUCGUGUUAAAUGGCUUUACACAAAUUAUGUUAAAGAAGUACCACCAUAUAAAGGUGCUGUACCGGAAUAUCCAGCCUGGUUUGAACCAUUUGUUAUGCAAUGGUUAAAUGAAAAUGAUGAUGUUUCAUUAGAAUACUUACAUGGUGCUUUCAAUCGUGAUAAAAAAGACGGGUUUCAAAAGAGUAGCGAACAUGCCUUAUUUUCAAAUUCUGUAGUAGAUGUGUUUACACAACUGACGCAAUGUUUCGAUGUUGUUAGCAAGCUCGAAUGUCCUGAUCCAGAAAUAUGGAAGCGGUACAUGAGACGCUUUGCCAAAACUAUUGUAAAGGUGCUAAUAGCUUAUGCCGAUAUUGUCAAAAAGGAAUUCCCGGAGCAUAUGAAAGAUGAGAGAAUCGCAUGUAUUCUUAUGAAUAAUAUUCAACAAUUACGUGUUCAAUUGGAAAAAAUGUUUGAAUCUAUGGGUGGUGAUAAGCUUGAAGAAGAUGCUGCAAAUAUUUUAAAAGAAUUACAACAAAAUUUAAAUUCUGCUCUUGAUGAUUUGGCUUGUUUGUUUGCUGUAAGUCUUGAGCCGAGAAUAACACAAAGCGUACGUGAGCUCGGUGAUUUAUUAUUGGCUCUUAAAGGUGGUCCUAAUUUAGCUAAUGCUCCACAAGCUGCACAACGUAAUGCGGUAGCUGUUGAGGCUGAUGAAGUUUUAAGACCACUUAUGGAUUUAUUAGAUGGUUCGUUAACGUUAUAUGCACAAUCAUGUGAAAAAACCGUACUUAAACGUUUGCUUAAAGAAUUAUGGAAAAUUGUUAUGCGAAUUUUGGAGAAAACAAUUGUCCUCCCACCAAUGACUGAUAGAACGAUGAUGUUCAAAAAUCUUAGUGAUAAUGUUAAAAAUGUUGCAUCAAAUGCUAAAAUUGAAGAUAUGGGCCGAUUAUUUAAAAAUCAUAUGGCCGGUAAACAGGAUGUUAAAAGUGCAUUAAGCGGGGUUAUGGAUAUAUCGAAAGAAGUUGAAAAGAAUUUAUCACCAAAACAAUGUGCUGUAUUAGAUGUCGCAUUAGAUACAAUCAAGCAAUAUUUUCACGCUGGUGGUAAUGGUCUAAAGAAGACAUUCUUGGAAAAAUCACCGGAAUUACAAAGUUUAAGAUAUGCCUUAAGUUUAUACACACAAACAACUGAUACAUUAAUAAAAACUUUCAUAACAAGUCAAGUGAAUGAAGUAAGAAGACGAAGUCUUACAGCAGCUGAAGUUGAACAUUUAGCAAUGGAUCCAAAUUUGGAAGAACCACUGAAAGCAGCAAAAAUUAAGCGUGAUAAUCGUCAAGACUCAGAAAAUCCAGAAGAAAGUGUUGGUGAAGUAUCUGUUCAAAUCGACUUAUUUACACAUCCUGGCACCGGUGAACAUAAAGUUACUGUUAAAGUUGUUGCUGCAAAUGACUUAAAAUGGACUAUACAAUCUGGUAUGUUUAGACCGUUUGUUGAAAUUAAUUUAAUUGGACCACACCUACAAGAUAAGAAACGUAAACAUGCAACAAAAUCAAAAUCAAAUAAUUGGUCGCCAAAAUACAAUGAAACUUUCCACUUUAUGAUCGGUAAUGAAGAACAACUUGAUUUCUUUGAAAUUCAUAUAUGCAUUAAAGAUUAUUGCUUCGCUCGCGAUGAUCGUUUAGUUGGUGUUGCUGUUAUACAACUCAAAGAUAUUAUUGAAAGGGGAUCUUGUGCUUGUUGGCUCCCAUUACAAAAACGUAUACAAAUGGAUGAAACUGGCUGGACCAUAUUACGUAUAUUAUCGCAACGUAAUAAUGAUGAAGUAGCAAAAGAAUUUGUUAAAUUAAAGUCUGACAUACGUACAGAACCAAUGAUGGGAACGUAAAAUGUUUUUAGUAUAUAGGACAAAACAAAAAAACCAAAAACUAAAAAAAAAAACAAAAACCGUAACAAAAUAAAAAAAAAAAAUUAUUUUUUUUUUAUUUCACUAAAAAACAAAAAAUAAAAUAAAACUAAUCUUAAAAGCUAUUUAUAUUUCAUAAUGUAUAAAAAAAUUAUAUUUAAUAAAAUUUAACGUACAUAACAUAUACAUAUAUAUAUACAUAUAUAUAUAUAUAUAUUUAUUUAUAUAUAUAUACAUGUGUGUAACAAAUUUUGUGAAAACUGUUAUAGCUUAACAUAAAGUAUAAAAUUAAAUGAGUUUAAAAUAAAAACGAUGGCAAAAUUAAACACUAAAUAAAAAUUUCUAGUAAAAAAUAUAAAAUUAGUAGCAAAAAAAAACGAAAUUAUGACAUGAAUAUCUAAAUAUUAUACAGAGUGUUUCGUGUAUGGAGGCAAAUUGUUUCGAGGAUGAUUCUUUGGUUAAUUUCCAUCAAAAAAUUAUAUAGGCUUCGAGGGGGGGGGAGAUGCAGAUAUACUUGUGUUUUCCAGUUACAACCUUGUGAAAACAAGUCUCCGAUGGUUAUUCUAUGUUGCAUUGUUCCAAAGGUAUAAGUACUUCUUUAUAUCCAGGAAAAAUCUUGAGCUUUCCCAUCAGCAGGCUGUAGCUCGAAAACAAGUAUAUCUGCACCACCACCCACACCGCAACAGCCAUACAAUGUUUUUGCUUGAAAUUGAUCAAAGAAUCAUCCCUUAUUAUUUGCCACCUUAUGCGAAACACCCUGUAUAUAUAUAUAUAUACUUGUAAUAUUUAAAUAGUGAAAAUUAUUCAAUUGUGGAAAUAAAUUAAAAUUUACGAAUUUUUGUUUCAAAAUUUUUUCUAUUAGAUAUGUUAUUUAAUUUAAAUAUUUUAUUUUACUAUAUAUACAUAUAUAUAGAUGUUAUAUGAUAUAAUUUUGAUUUUAUGUGGUAUAUAUAAAUUUAUAUAUAACAUAUAAUAUCUAAGUUGUUAUUACAAUACACAAUUCAGUGAAAAUACGAUUCAUAAGCUACGAAUAAUGUAUAUUGCUAUACAAGAUUUUGAAGCUCACAAUAUAUACAUAUUUAGUCACACCCUGAAAUCUCUAUAUAUAACGACAUUUUCAUAUAUAUAACAAACGUCUUCAUAUUUAAUAUAAUAUAACAAAACUAAAAAUUCUGUUUUGCCAUCAGUAGCAUUUUUAAAAAUUUUUCUUUAUAUUUAACCUCGAUAUUGGGAAUCUCUAUUUAAAAACAUUCUCCAUAUUACAUUAAAUUAAGAUGCAUUUCGAAAUUUUAAGCCAAAACGGUAGACAUUACGAAAACAAUUACAUGGUGUAACAUACCUCAAAAUUUUAAGGUUUUAAAUAAUCCCCGAUAUAAAUUGCAAUAAUACUGUAUUAAUGCAGAAUUCAACUUAUAAAUGCCAAUUGCUGAAUUGAUUAUUGAUACGGUAUUAUUAUUAUUCCGAGGUCAAGGAAUGUCCUAUACUUCACUUUGAACGAAGGUUAUUGCAUAACUUGCAAAGUUUAUUGUAUUGUAUAACUAAAAUUAUCCUCCAUCUCAACAAAAAUUUUAAUUGAGGUUCAUUUUUGUAAUUUUUUAAAUUGUUGUAUUCGUUACGAAAUUAUACUUCAUAUAUACGUAUAUAUGUAUUUUACAUAAUAUACAAAUAUAUUUUACACAAAUGUAUUAUACAUACGUUACUGAAAAUAAUACUGAAUAUAUCAAGAAGUUGAGGUCAGAUCUGCAUUUUGACCCCUGAUAUGCAAAUUUAUAUUAAAUUUUUUGUAUAGUUGCUAAUUGUUUGUAUUAAUAUCACGCUCAAUUUUAAAUUGAAAAAUAGUUUUAGAACACAAUAUAAAAGUGUGGCUUAUAGAAUUGUAUAUAAUUUUGCUAAAUUGUGUGUGUGUUACCAUACAUUAUUGAGAUUUUCAAUUCAAACGAGACUAUAUACUAUAAAAUUACUAUUUAAUUUUAUUACAACAAUAUAUACUAAUAAAAUUAUUUAUUUAAAUAAUUUUUCUUAAAAUAAUUUUCUUGAUAAUUUUGGUUUUUAUAAAUUCAAAAUUUUAAGAAAUAAAAUUCACAAUUUCGAAAUUUCGAAAUUUUUAGUGAGUUGCAUUUAAAAACUUUGUGUAUAUAUGAAACUUAGAUAUAUACAUAUAUAUACAUACGUUAAAAAUAUAUACUUAUAUUUAUUAAAACUAUAUAUAUUUAUAUAAUUUUCUAUUAUCAUGUUGCAUACACUCCCAAGUUCCUUUAUACUUAAAAUAAAAAAAAAUAUAUGUAAAUACAUAAUAAGAAUAAUUAAGUAUUAUAUAAAACAUCAAUGCAAUAUACCAACACCUAUAAUAUAUACAUAUAAAUACAUAAAUACUGCGUAUACAUAAAAUUAUGUACACUAUAUAUAUAAUUUAAAUUACUGUUUUUCUAUAUUUUCCAAAAUAAAAAAAAUGUGUACAUAUGUAUAUACAUAUUCUUAUAUUCAUCUUAAAUGCUUAUUAUAUAAAAUUAUUAUAUAUAACGCCUUAAUUAAUUAUUACAAAAAUGUAUUAGAUUCCAUUAUCAAUAAAAAAUAUUUUCAACUACUUUUUAAAACAUAUCAAGAAUAUCAAUUCUUGAAUUUAGACCUUAUUCCAAAAGUUAUUUCGAAGUAAGAGCCUAUCAAACUACACAAAUCUAAUAUUGCAUUUGAUUUGAUUAAGCAAUACUUUUUUGUUAGAUCUCUGAAUUUUCGUAUUUCUUCCUGUGCACUAAAAAUCAUCAUCAACUUGUGAAAUCCUCUCACUAAUUUUAUACUAAAUCGACUCAUAUAGUUAUUUUUCACGUUAUUGUCACAGGCAAGCACAUAUACAGAUACAAAAACAUAUUAUAUUCAUUAUAUAUCUAUAUAUAUGUAUAUAUUCGUCACAUACACAAAUUACAUACCUAUAUUAAUAUUAUGACAUCGUUUUUAUUUUAUAUUUUUAUUCGACUUUUUUAAUUUUGAUGGGGAUCGAAUGUAUAUGAGAUAUUUUAUAUCGUAAAAUACAAUAAUUGUUAUUGAGUUAAACUGUAUAUGCACAUAUGUAUAUGGUUUAAAAUAAAUAUUGUAAUACAUUUGAUCAAAAUCGGAAGAGAAAUUUAUAACUAUACUCAUUCUAAACCAUAUAUAUGGAAGUAUAUCGGCUUAUUUUCAAAAAUGAUAAAAUAUUGAAUGAUAAAAAUUUCAAUAUCUCAUUAUUGUAGAUGCAAACCACUGACACGAGCUUCUUGGUUUGAUUCGUGCAUUUUACCUACUGCAUUGUACUCCGUAAGGUAGGUUAUUUGAUGACGCCAAAUUUUGGAUGUUGGGAACACACUUCUCCAUAGUAGGGAAGCGUAAAUAAAAUAACUUUACAGAGAUAUCGGUCUGUCAAUCUGUCAGUCUGUGUGUGUACGCGUGUAUCUCAAGUUCGGCUGAACCCAUUUUGAUGAAAUUUUAUAAGUGAGUUUAUUUUGUGAUAUAUCAGACCUCGGUAACUAAACCUUUUUGCGGGCCAACUUUACAAUUUCAACCAAGUUCCUUGAAAUUUAAUAUUUAAACUCGAGUUUUUAAAAAAAUAUAUAUAAAUUUUUGGAAAGAUCAGAUCUCGAAAACCGAAAUGUGGAUCUAUUUUACAUUUUUCACCAUGUCUACGGAACGGAUUCAUCUAACUUCUUGCAAUUUUAUAUUUGAGUUCUGGUUGUUACCGAAACUAACUGGUGAAUUUUUCAGGGAAUUGGGGUGGCACAAAGCAAAACUCAUUAAAAUGAAAGGAAGUGUUCCAAAUGCAUUUUCAUAAUUUUUUGUAAUACUUUCACUAAACUAGGGAAUAUACAUUGUGGUGGGUUAUGUGCUUUUUUUUCUAAUCAGCCUCAAUUCAUUUUUUCUCCAUUUUGUACAUAUAUGUAUGUGUGGCAAAAAGGAAUAAUUAUCCAAAUCAAAUCUAUCCAAAUAUUAUGCCUAAUUUUCAUGAGAAAAUUAAAAUUUGCAUAAUUUUUUGUCUACUUUUUUUUUUCUAAUUUCUAUGAUUUGAAAAGCAAAACUAAUAGGCUCAAAAGUUGUUAGUUGGAUUUUGGAGCUUACUUCUACUUAUGAUUACAAUUUUUCUUUUAUUUUUUUAUAAAUUUUAUACAAAAUGUAUACUUCUACUUUAGCUUUCUUUUCAAAUUUACUUAAGCUUUCUUUUCAAUUUCAUCCGUUUUGUACAAAUUCCAUGAUUUUUGUCGCUUUUUCCAAAAUUUGUUUCGAACAACCUUCAAAUGCUAAUAUCUAAUUUUUCGCUUACUUCGACUUUCACGAUUAUUCCUUUUUGCGCACAGUUAUUAUUUAUAUAAUUUUCAAACAAUAAACAAUAUGUUUGUUGUAUACAUAUUAAAAAAUUAGUAUGAAAGGCUAGCUAAAUAUAUAAAAAAUUAAAAAAAGGAUCAAAGUCACGAAAACUAAAAAAAACAAAAGUUCUAAUAUAAAAACAGAAAUAGAAAAUUAAUUUAAUUAAGAAAUUCAAAAAAUAAGAAAAAAAAACAAUCUAUUAGUUGUAUAUACACAAAAAAAAAAACAUACAAAAAAAAUUGUAAAACAAAUGAGAAAAAUACAAAAACUUUAAUAUUACAAAAAAUAUUUAUAAUAAUUAAAAUUACAUUAAAAAAAUAUAAAACAAAAACAAAGUUAAUUAUAAAAAUUAAAUUUAAAUUACAAAUUAUUAUAAUAAUAUUAAAUUAAAAUUAUUACAAAAAUUAAAAAAAAAUACAAAAGUAAAAUAUUAAAAUAAAAUUUUUCUCCCCCUCCCCCAAAACGAAAAACAUAUGUACUAACAAAUUUAUAAAUAAAAAUAUAUAGAUAAAUUAAUAAAUUAUGUAAAAUAUUUAAAAAAAUUAUCACUGCAUCAAAAAUAACAAAAAAAGAAAACGGUAAUAUUUAAAAAUAUUAAAAAAAACCCUGACUUCAAAAUUACAACAAAAUACUGUUAUUAAUAUACAGCUUAUGAAUUAUAAUUUCUGAAUUGUGUAUUAAUACAGUAUUAACAUGAUUUUAAAGUCAGGGACACA